UCGGUUGACGUUGGAAAAUGUCGAUUUGAUCGACUAGAGUGGGAAAUCUUAUGUAAUUUCACUUCCAGUUAAGGCAUUCAGAAUAGUUAGACGUGACGACCUGCUUAUUUUUUAACUGCAAAGCUGAAUGCCUCUUAAAUCGCCCAAUACAUUCCUUCACAAUAGUGUCGAAUCCCUGCUCUAUGCGACUUCUCAGGACUGUGGGGCCGACUGAUCAGCGGAAGGAGGCCAACCUACAGGACUGUACUCAGGGCUAGCGUGAAGCUAGGCGAUUAGGUGCCGUACGCGAGCGCCGGUUCGAGUCACGCACGCACUGACUGUGACAUGAGGCUUGCCGGGAACGAGCGCCCUCUGCGUGGAGAGUGCGUAGUAUAUAUGUUUUGAGAAAGAAAAAUGGCGACGCGAAAGCGGAAGAAUUCAAACCCGGGAAAUUCAAAUGCCCAGAAAAUGAAAUUACAUGCAUCUAGCCACCGAGACUGGGACGUAGACGAUGUUUGUGAAUAUCUGGCAGUGAAUCAAUUCAAAAAUGUUACUCAAGUUUUUCAACGUGAGCAGAUUGUUGGAUCAGUAUUGUCAGAUUUGACUGAAGAAAGAUUGGAGAAAAUUGGAGUUGAAAAGAUGGGCACUAGACUUCAGCUUCUACAGCUUUUUAGAAAUCUCUCUCAAGAUAAUCUCAAUCUGAAAGUGCAUGUAUUCAAUGACCCAAUACAUGGACAUAUUGAAGUUCAUCCCCUGUGUGUGAAGAUAAUAGAUACACCACAGUUUCAGAGGCUACGCUACAUUAAACAGCUUGGUGCUUGUUAUUUUGUAUUCCCUGGGGCAGCUCAUAAUAGAUUUGAACAUUCUAUUGGUGUGUGUUACUUAGCUGGACAGUUAGCGAAAACCUUGCAAACCAGACAACCAGACUUACCUAUAAGCGAUGUUGAUGUAUUAUGUGUGCAGAUUGCUGGUCUUUGCCAUGAUCUUGGCCAUGGUCCAUAUUCCCAUAUGUUUGAUAAUUGGUUUAUUCCUUAUGUUAGACCUAAAAAGAAUUGGAAGCAUGAGCAAGCCUCGGUUGACAUGUUUGAUUACUUGAUAGAAGACAACAACCUCAUGGGUGUAAUUAAAGACUACGGAUUAAAUGAAAAAGACAUUACAUUCAUAAAAGAACAGAUAGCAGGACCAUUGCAGAGACAGAAUAAUAAGACUGCAUGUCCUUACCGUGGCAGAGAAAAAGAGAAGAGUUUCCUGUAUGAGAUAGUAGCCAAUAAAAGGAAUGGUAUCGAUGUGGACAAGUGGGACUACUUUGCCAGAGACUGUCACAAUCUGGGAAUUCCAAACAACUUUGACUAUCGCCGAUUUCAGCAAUUUGCUAGAGUUAUCAACGUGGAUGGUUCUCCACAGAUAUGCUGUAGAGAGAAGGAAGUCAGUAACCUGUAUGACAUGUUUCAUACAAGGAAUACGUUACAUAGAAGAGCCUAUCAACAUAAAGUCAACAAGAUUAUAGAAUCAAUGAUUGUUGAAGCCCUUGUAAAAGCUGAUGAUCAUAUCAAGAUUCCAGGCACAAAUGGGACAAUGGUUAAGAUAUCCGAAACAAUAGAUGACAUGGUAGCAUUCUGUAAACUAACGGAUAAUAUUAUUCACCAAAUAUUACAAACAACAGAACCAGAAAUAGAAGAAUCUCGCACAAUACUUCGCAAGAUAUUCACAAGAAAGUUGUAUAAAUGUAUUGGACAAACAAGACCCCCUGAUGGUGUCACCAUUAAUCAGGAUGAAAUUCCACAAAUUCAGGAAGGAAUAUCAGCAAUAUUAUCAACAGCAGGUCACCAAGUGCCAGCUGAUAACAUCGUUGUCCAUAUAAUUGAUUUAGACUACGGCAUGGGUGACCAGAAUCCUAUUGAUCAUGUUAGGUUUUAUUCUAAAGCCAAUCCUAACGAAGCAAUGAUGGUCAGAAAAAAUCAGGUUUCUCAGAUGCUACCUGAGAGGUUUGCUGAACAACACAUUAGGGUCUACUGUAAGGACAUAGACCCAGUAAAAAUUCAACAAGCUACCCUGUGUUUUAAUAAAUGGUGCAAAGAAAAAGGAUUUACCCCACCAAAG